AUGUUCCUGCUGGCCACCAGCGGCAUCGAGACCGUCGUGCGGCUGUGGAGCCCUAGGCCUGAGGUGUGUAUACAUCCUCCACUGCAUACAGCUGCACCUCCAUGUUCCUGCUGGCCACCAGCGGCAUCGAGACCGUCGUGCGGCUGUGGAGCCCUAGGCCUGAGGUGUGUAUACAUCCUCCACUGCAUACAGCUGCACCCCUCCAUGUUCCUGCUGGCCACCAGCGGCAUCGAGACCGUCGUGCGGCUGUGGAGCCCUAGGCCUGAGGAUGGCAAAGAAGAGUCGCGUAUAAUCCGCGACGCGGGGUCGGCGGCGCAGGCCAACCAGCAGCGCAUGCGCAGCGACCCGUUCGAGGCCAUGCUGCUCAACAUCAGCUUCGCCGGCGGCGCCGAGCGGGACCUGCACUCGCCCGCCUGCAGGCCUACUUAGGUAACACCAGAUAAAUUAUUAAACAAUAUUUAUAGCGGUUAGGAGCGCGGGCGAUAAGAUACAUUGUAAUCAUCAGUCGAGUCAUUUGUAAAUAGUUACUAUUAUAUACAUUAUUACAUAUAAUUAUUAAUACGGAGUUAUCAUUAUUUUCCACCUUUUUAAGUUUUACUUUACGAUUUUGUACUGCGUGUUAGAGAUCCUACGUUUGUUAGGGUUUAGAAAAAGUAACAAUGAAAUACGCUCUCUUUCUGUCUAGUCGCUGGUUCGACUCCUGAACAAAGAAAUGAAUUUUAUACAAGUUAUUAAGAUAUACUUGUACGGGAAAAUAUGUAUUUUCUAGCCUUGCUGUGUAGAUUUAUAUUAAUUACUGUAUACAGCGUGUUGCAAAGAUAUAAAUAAUUGACAAUCUAAAUAGAUUGAAAAAUUACAUACUGACUUUGUGUUAGAACAUUAUAGGCUAACUUUUUGUUAUGUUUCGAGUCUUAACGUAGUUAUUAAAAACACAUGUUCGUGUUGACUAAAACAAAAUAUAUUUGCUUCAAAAGGUUUGAGUGGUAAACAUGUCUUGCUCAAUUUGUCUCUAGUGCGUAGUACAAUAUCAUUUUAGUUGUUUCCGUGUGCAAAGUAUCGACAAGGUGCCAAGUUUGUUUUGUUUUUAUUUCCACUUUUUGUAUAUUUUUUAUGACGAUGUCAAUUCGGGGUUUUAUAAUAAAGCGUUUGUUUAAAUUUAUUUUUGGUUGUUAUGUGUCAAAAUAAAAAUGGUGGCUAAGGAAUCGAUAGUUUACGGAGAUAUUUUGUAUUUAAUGUUAAAGAGACACUAGUGAAACUUAUAUUGGAAAAUAAUACAUAUUUAUAAUAUAUUUUGACAUAGAUAUAGUUACAAGAACUGAAAUAUAAUCAUGAGUCAUAGUCUAUGGUAAUCUGCUGUAAGGAGUUUGGUGAAGUGGGGCUGUGGCGGAUGACGGCUGUCUAUGGUAGUGAGACUAAAUACAAGUAUACUUUUAAUAAAAGAACUCAUUGAA